CCUUGAGGGGCGGGGCCAAACCAGGAAGCAGCCUCGGAGGCGGAAGUGCAGGCCCGUCUCCCGACCUGCGCGCUCCGGGCCUGGCCCCGCCCGCCCAGAUGUGGGUGAAAGGUCGGCCGUGGGCCCGGGAGGGACUUGACCGGCCCGCAGCGCUCUGCAGCACCCGCCAUGGCCGACCAGGCGAAGCCCAUCAGCCCGCUCAAGAACCUGCUGGCCGGGGGCUUCGGGGGCAUGUGCCUGGUGUUCGUGGGGCACCCCCUGGACACGGUCAAGGUACGGCUGCAGACACAGCCCCCAUGUUCACCUGGACAGGUUCCCAUGUAUUCUGGGACAAUCGACUGUUUCCAGAAGACUCUUGUUAGAGAGGGCAUCACAGGACUCUAUCGGGGCAUGGCGGCGCCCAUCAUUGGGGUCACUCCCAUGUUCGCUGUGUGCUUCUUUGGGUUUGGUUUGGGGAAGAAACUGCAACAAAAAUCUCCAGAAGAUGUACUCAGCUAUCCCCAGCUGUUUGCAGCUGGAAUGUUAUCUGGAGUUUUUACCACAGGAAUCAUGACUCCUGGAGAACGAAUUAAGUGCUUAUUACAGAUCCAGGCUUCUUCAGGAGAAACCAAGUACACUGGUACCUUGGACUGUGCCAAGAAGCUGUACCAGGAAUCUGGAAUUCGAGGCAUCUACAAAGGAACUGUGCUCACCCUUAUGCGAGAUGUUCCAGCCAGCGGGAUGUAUUUCAUGACAUAUGAGUGGCUGAAAAAUAUCUUAACUCCAGAGGGAAAGAGUGUCAGUGAUCUCAGUGUGCCUCGAAUCCUGGUGGCUGGGGGCAUUGCAGGAAUCUUCAACUGGGCAGUGGCAAUUCCCCCAGAUGUGCUCAAGUCCCGCUUCCAGACUGCUCCUCCUGGAAAAUACCCGAAUGGUUUCAGAGACGUGCUGAGGGAACUAAUCCGAGAUGAAGGAAUUGCAUCCUUGUACAAGGGAUUCAAUGCAGUGAUGAUCCGAGCCUUCCCAGCCAACGCGGCUUGCUUCCUUGGCUUUGAAGUUGCCAUGAAGUUUCUUAACUGGGCUGUCCCCAACUUGUGAGACUGAAGCCUGUGCAAGGGUCCAGACACCUGAAGCUGUGACAGAAGAGGAGCAGCGGACAGGACUAGCGUUGUGGAGGGUGACGGGAGGGUAUAUAGUAGGAUCAGUGCUCUGUGUGUGGAAGUGGUGACACCAUUGCCUUAAUGACAUAUUCUCUACCUUGUAUAACUUGAUGUGCUAUUUUGAAACUUGAAUUCAUGUUCGUCAAUUUAUGGAACCUCAAAAGGAUUUGGAGAUGAAGUUAGUAGCUUCUAGAUCAGAUGGCACCUGUGGCCCGAGGGCUACCAGUUGAUCA